AUGAACCAGGAGAUUCUUGGCAAUAAGCACAUAGAACUGCUGGAAUCGAGGUGUAGAAAGAGGUUAAAUAUCCUAAAAUAUAUUUCUGGGCAAGAAUGGGGAGCAGAUGCUACAACUUUGAAAUUAACUUAUACUGCACUUAUUAGCCCCAUACUGGAAUAUGGGGCACCUAUUUAUUCCUGCGCUUCAGAGACAAACCUAAAUAGAUUGGAAAAAGUUCAAAUUAGUGCUGCAAAAAUUAUUACAGGUUUGAGGCGUAGCUGUUCAGAUGAAAUUGUUUUGUUUGAAUCUGACCUCCAGCCGUUAUACAUGAGGAGGAACUCCAGUCUCAAGAAAUACUACAAUAAGCUCAUCAGUUUUGGUGACCAGAACAGAACCUCUCACUAUCUCAAAAAUUGGAAAAAUAACCAUAGACUGAAGAGAAACAGUCCCUUCUCUUUGGCUGUUUCAAUUCACCUUGUAGACUUGCAAUAUCCCUGCCGAAUUGAACCUCAUUCCUUGAGGUCAUGUUUUAGCCCUGUUACUGAUUUUUCUGCCAAAUACCAACAGAUGCUUUUACAACUAUACACAGAUGGUAGCAAGAGCGAAGAAGGUCAUUCAGGUAGUGGGGUUUUUAUUCAAACACCCACGUACACAUUGAGUCUCAAAGUUAGAAAUUCUGAAUUUUGCUCGGUUUUCAGAUCUGAGCUUAUUGCGAUUGAAAAUGGCAUAAGACAUGUUGAGAAUAUUGCUGAGCCUGACUUUAAGCAUAUAUGGAUACUGACGCAUAGCAAAUCUUCAAUCCAACACCUUAGCAACUGGAUGAAUGUUGGAGACAGGGCUGCGGCUUCAAUUUUGGGGAUGCUCCUCAGGCUCUCAGCGGACUUUGGGAUACACUUCCAAUGGAUUCCAUCACACGUUGGAAUCAAAGGUAACGAGAUGGCGGACUCACUGGCUAAAGAUGCUUCUUUAGAACCUUUACAGCCAGAUUUACCUUCCACUUUCAAUGAGGUCUUUGCAGAGUGCAAAAAAAUGUUUAAGGACCUCUGGAGGGUUCCUCCUCCGCUUAAUUGGUAUUUCAGAAAACGACCUGGAAGUGCCUUGCUUUUGGGGGACCUAGAAGCCAGCAGACUUGUUUAUUUCGCUUUGCAAGUGGUCACUUGA